CCGUGGGCGCUGUACUCUGCUUCGAAGUCUGUGGGCACUGGGCUGGCAGCAAUGGGGCCCAGGAAAGGAAGGGGAGAGCAGCCAUUCGUCCCGAUCAAUAAAGAGAAACAAAGGGAGGUGGAGCUGAAGUUCUGCGGUUUUAAGUGGAUUGCGAAGGGCCAAACAAUGCCGAACUCCAAUGGCAAUUUCCUCAUGGAGUGCAAAUUAUGUAGUUCGGGAAGGGAGCAGGCGGGGGAGGAGGAGUUCGAGGACAACGAGGACGAGAGGAGGGCGGUCGAGGGUGGAGAUGAUGAUGGUGACAGUGAUACACAGGGCAUGGAGGUGCGGCGAGAGGCUGAGCGCGCUAGGGGUAAAAUGAGGGGGGAGAAGGCCAUUGAUGAGGACAGCACCGUUGACGAGGACGACGACAACGACGACGACGAUCAGGGAGCAAACAUUGGACCCUCUCUUGAUGGGGGGCUGAUGGCCGCUGGCCGUCGUGGGCAAGAGGGGGUUGCCAAGACGAUGAAGGAGGCCAUGGGAUCGAAGAAGAGAAAGAGGAAGGCGAAGAUGACUGCCACGGAGGCUAGAUCAGCACCUCCUCUGCCGAAGAAGAGCAAAGUUCUUCGACAGACGUCCAUGCUGGAGACCUUCGAUCCGGUGUGGCAACGAGAUUUUUUCGACUCCUUCCUGCAGUGGUGGUACGUGAGCGACAUUCCAUUUGAGACGGCGAGGAGGCCAGAGUAUCAUACGAUGAGCAAGAAGUUGUUUGAGUAUCCAUCGUACACACAUCCGGCAUUACUCAUGCACCGUGUAAUUUCCUGCGGUGGCAUCCCUCAGCAGCAACGAGUUGUGGCGGACAUGGUGGCGGUCGUCCGCAAGGACAUUGCGGCGACGGGGGUGACCAUCCUCAUGGAUGGUCGCAAGUCCAUCACGAGUGACCAGAUAGUCAACUUCCUUGCUGCUGGGCCCACGGGAGCGUAUCUUUUCAGGAUUGUGCAGCGGGACGGUGUUGUUCAGGAAACAACAAAGGUCGUCGUGGAGCGAUGGAAGGACGUGUUCGACAAGUUCGGUAUCGAGAAGGUCAACGCCAUUUGCACUAAGCCCAUGCGUGAUGUGGCCUGAGGGCCCUCGCUCACGUGGGGGACCGAACCAUGUGCGAAGGCUUUUAUAAUGCAAUUGCAGAGCGCAUGCAGAGACGACGAAGGUUAGUAAAUUAAGAAUUUGAAU